AUGGAGGGCUCCGGUUUCUUUCCCAAAUGCUUCUUGAAUCUGAUGAUCAUAGCCUUCUGUUUAUUAUCAUCUUUCGUUCACAGUCUUGAGAUGGGAGAAACUUGUAGCUCGAGCAGCCGAUGCGACGCCGGAUUGAGUUGCCAGAGUUGCCCGGCGAACGGAAAUACCGGGUCAGUUUGUACCCGGAUCCGACCUCUCAACCCGACUUCCAAGGUGAAUGGUUUGCCGUUCAACAAGUACUCGUGGCUAACAACACACAAUUCGUAUUCAAUGACGGGGGCAAAUUCGGCAACUGGCUCUUUCCUCCUCUCACCAAGGAAUCAAGAAGACUCCAUUACUAAUCAGCUUAAGAAUGGUGUGAGAGGGAUCAUGCUGGAUACAUAUGACUUUCAGAACGAUAUAUGGUUGUGUCAUUCCACAGGAGGGACUUGCUUUAACUUCACUGCCUUUCAACCAGCUAUCAAUGUGCUCAAAGAGAUCAAUGAUUUUCUUGAAUCAAACUUAUCUGAGAUUAUUACCAUCAUCCUCGAAGAUUAUGUCAAAUCUCCAGGGGGCUUGACUAAGGUGUUCAAAGCAUCUGGAUUGAGUAAGUUCAUGUUUCCGGUUUCGAGAAUGCCGAAAGACGGUACGGACUGGCCAACAGUGGAUGACAUGGUGAAGCAAAACCAGAGGCUUGUGGUUUUCACUUCCAAGAAGGAUAAAGAAGCUUCUGAAGGUUUUGCUUACCAGUGGAAUUACAUGGUGGAGAAUCAAUAUGGUAAUGAUGGACUGAAGGAUGGAUCAUGCUCGAACCGAAAUGAAUCUUCUCCAUUGGAUACCAAGUCUCGUUCUUUGGUUCUCCAAAACUACUUUGGAACCAAUCCGAAUUCAACGCAAGCUUGCGCGGAUAAUUCAUCUCCGUUGAUCAAAAUGGUUACAACUUGCCAUGAAGCAGCGGGUAAAAGGUGGCCUAACUUCAUCGCCGUUGAUUUUUACCAGAGGAGUGAUGGUGGAGGAGCUGCAGAAGCUGUAGAUGAAGUAAACGGUCGUGUCACGUGUGGUUGUGACAGUUUAGUCCUUUGCAAGUCAAACGCACCUUCUGGAACAUGCGAUGCUCCUGCUCCGAAGGCAGCUCCGACACCAGUCGCCGGAGGAGAGUCUUCACGAAAUCCUACGAGGGAUCUUCCGGGAGGUGAUGCUGGUUCUACAGCAAUUGGAUUCUCAUCUCUCGUUGUCAUCUCUGCGGCGAUUCUCUUGUUGUGGUGA